CUCAGAUGACUCUACACCAUAAUACAAUAAGGAGACCCUACAUGUCUACAUGUAUAACAAGUUUGGAUAAAAUGUAUGUCGCCUCGUUGAACAUAACUGCGUGAGGACAAAUGAAUGAAAAUACAACGGCGAACAACGUAGAGGUUCAAGUUAACAGGGUUAUAAUAGAUUUUCAACGAAUUAACGAAUUAUAGUCAGAACUAAGUGUCCACGAUGAUCAACUGGUGGGGGCUGGCCGCCAUCAUUGUCUUCUAUCUCCUCAUACUGGCAAUCGGGCUGAUAGCAGGACGCAAAGCCAAACAGUUUGGCAAAGAUGCUAGCAGCGAGGAUGUCAUUGUCGCAGGGAGAGAUAUUGGGGCGGUGGUUGGUGUUUUCACCAUGACAGCCACUUGGGUGGGAGGUGGGUAUAUUAAUGGAACAGCUGAAUCAACAUUCUUCAGUGGCCUGGUAUGGACCCAAGCACCAUUUGGAUAUGCUAUCAGUCUAGUUAUUGGAGGACUCAUUUUCGCUAAACCAAUGAGGAAGCAAGGAUAUGUUACAAUGCUUGACCCUUUUACCCGGAAGUAUGGUGACGUAAUGGGCGGAAUCCUUUUCCUUCCCGCACUCCUUGGUGAAAUUUUCUGGUCUGCUGCCAUCUUAUCAGCAUUGGGUGCAACACUCUCGGUGAUUCUGGGUCUCGACAACAUGAUAGCUACCAUCGUGUCUGCAUGUAUAGCUGUCUUCUACACCUUGUUUGGAGGAUUAUAUUCUGUCGCGUAUACAGAUGUUGUGCAACUAAUUUGCAUUUUCAUCGGACUGUGGCUUUCCAUACCAUUUGCCAUGACACAUGCGGCAGUGACACCUAUUACAGAGACAGCGCUACCAGGGAAUGGUACAGCAGGGUGGGUUGGAACAAUAGCUGUGGCAGACCUUGGGGUGUGGAUUGACUACGCCCUGCUGCUUAUAUUUGGUGGAAUACCAUGGCAGGUAUAUUUCCAAAGGGUUCUGUCUUCAAGAUCAGCAGGCCGGGCACAGAUACUUUCAUUUGUGGCAGCGUUUGGUUGCAUCAUAAUGGCUCUUCCGGCAGUACUCAUCGGAGCCAUAGGCUACUCUACAGACUGGAAUAAAACAGAUUACUUUACCGAUGGUCGCAAUUGGUCCUUGACCAACGGAAGUAUCCCAGAAGAUGAUAACAAGCUGAUCCUGCCCCUGGUGAUGCAAUACUUAUGCCCCGCCUGGGUGUCGUUUGUUGGUUUGGGUGCUGUGUCAGCAGCCGUAAUGUCGUCUGCGGAUUCAAGCGUUCUUUCUGCUAGCUCAAUGUUCGCCAAUAAUGUCUACAAAAUGAUAUUUAGGAGAAGGGCAUCUCAAAAUGAAAUUCUCUGGGUUCUUAGGAUUGCUAUAUUUGUCGUUGGUGCUCUAGCAACUGUGAUGGGCAUAACAAUAAAUACAAUAUAUGGACUCUGGUAUCUUUGUUCGGACUUUGUCUUCGUUAUCUUGUUUCCACAACUUCUCUUGGUUGUCCAUAUGCCAAAGUCGAACACAUAUGGAUCGGUGUGUGGAUAUAUCGUCGGGCUUGUCUUGAGACUAGGAGGAGGCGAGCCAUUAUUGUCGCUUCCACAAGUGAUACCAUACCCAUAUGAGAUGCCGUUCAGGGCGGUGUCAAUGUUAUGCAGCCUGGUGACGAUUAUAUGCGUGUCUCUAUUCACAAACAUGCUCUUCCAUAAUGGAAUUCUCCCUAAAAGUGCGGAUAUUUUCAAGGCAGUUCUGUACGACAGAAGUAUAUACAAAUCAUCAGAUGAUACAGAAGAGGUAUCCACCCCCUGGCAAAAAACUCAUACAAAAAAUGGGAUUUCAAAUCCGGGCUUAGUUGCCGCAAGUACAGAUGAUCUUGAUAAAGAGAAAUAUGACUUAACUAAAUUGUAAUACUGAUUAGUUGCUAUUUUUUAGUAGGGGAUUGACAGGAAAAUGAUAUUUUAACAUUGAGAACAUUUAUCCUAAUUAACAGGUAAUAAUCAAACAGCACCCUCAAGAUCCACGGUUUUUCGUAUAUUUCACCGCACGAUCUAGCAAAAGCGUCUAGCGUCAAGUUGUGUUUAUCUUCAAAUGGACUAGGCAUAUCAUGGCAACAAAAACAAGGAUAUUAUCUUUAGCAUUCAUAGAACCUUUUUAAUCAGAUAUGGUAUAUGAGGGAAGUAAUACAAACCAGAUUUUGACAAAAACGGCUAGCCAUGAGAGAUAUUUUUAUGAUUAUUUUCAACUUUGUGCCAGAAAGAAAGAAAGAAAAUCUUUGAGAUAAGCUGGCGUUAGCCAUGGGUGCAUUGGGUAGGUAAAUAUGUGAUACAAAUUAAUAUACCAUAUACAGAUCGGAGGAUUAUUGUAAAUUUUGAUUUAGAUGCAGUUUUAUGACCUACCUGUGCGUGAAUCUUGCUAGAGAGUGCGAUUUUCUGCUAGAUCAUACGGUGAAAUCUACAAAUACAAGCGGAUCUUGCAAGAGAGUGCUGUUUGAUUAGUACCUGUGAAAUUG